CAAAACACAUUCAUUGUCUUAAACCCCUAAACCCCAAGAAUCCGAACUACCACAAUAAAAAAAUGAGACCAUUUGGCUUGAUUUUUACGGUCAUGUUCUUGGUCUCGGCCUUUUCAGAAUCAAGAACCGCAGAUUGCAGAGUUCUCCUUGGUGGCUCAUCGGAGAAAAUAGAUCAAUCUAAAAAAUAUGGGGUUGAUUUGCGAAGUAAAGAAAUAUUAGGGGUUGUGAUACGUGGUUACAAAAGGUUGCGGUCGCUCUCUGCGGCUGGAGAGAGGAUGCACACAAUGGCUUCGGGACCGAGUAGGAGAGGUGCUGGUCACUAAAAACGACUAACUCACUUACAUACAUUAUUUCUAUACUUCCAAUAAUUUUUUUUUAGCUCAGGUUAUAGUAAUAUAUUUUCAUUUGUUAUAGAUUAUUAUAUUUAUUCAGUCGUUAAAGAUCAAUGUAAAGUUUAGAAGGGAGAAAUUCUUUAACCAUACAAUAGUCGGUUUCCUUCUAAUAAACACCCA